AUGUCACGAUUGGGAUAUUUAGAAACACAAGGAAUUUCGUAUAACUCAUGUUUAAUAGCAGGAAAGUAUUUUAACACGGCUCAAAGGGAUACCAAAAAAGGGGUUAAUUCAAAGUGCAGCACAAUACCCUCGAAGCUAUCACUGGAUUCUUUUCAAGUUCAGGCCGUGAGCAACAAUCUUAGAAUAUUGCCAAUGGAUAAAAUUGAUCUCUGGAAAUUUAUAUGCUUACACAUCCGCUACCGCCACACGCGUGAAAAAAUUGCGAAAUGUGACCUCUGCGAGGAAUCCUUUAUCGACACGGCGCUCCUGUCCAGUCACGUGGCGCGCGUCCACACCAAAACCCGCCACGUCUGCCCCGUUUGCGGAAAGAGUUUCGGGCGCGUCGAGUCCUUCAAGGGGCACGUCCGGCGGCACGACGAUAUCAAAAACUACGCCUGCGCCACGUGCGGAGAAAAGUUUGUGUACCACAACCAGCUAAGAGCGCACCGGAUCAAGGACCAUGGUGCUGACCCGGGCGACCCCUUCAUUUGCGAGGAGUGCGGGAAAACCUUAAAAACUGCGACUACCCUCAAACUCCACGUGAUGACGCAUCGUGGCGAGAAACCACACAAAUGCGACACCUGCGACUACCGCGCCGUCACUAAAGCGCGGCUACUCCAGCACAAAAGAAGGCACACGGACGAGCGCCCAUUUCCCUGCGACCAGUGCGAGGAUUCUUUUAAAGCCAGGAGGGAGUUAGAAUCCCACGUCAGCAAGAUCCACGAGGCCGUCCGCUACACGUGCCCGCACUGCGGAAAAGAGUACUUCGCAAAAUACACGCUCCGCGCCCACAUGCGCCGCCACACGGGCGAAAAACGAGUCAAAUGUGACCACUGUGAGGAAUCCUUCUUCGAUCGGUACGCCCUCUCCCGGCACGUGGCCCUCGCUCAUACCGAAACCAAGCAGGACGGGCAGGGAAACAAGGUGGCUGAGGCUUUGGGCCGGAAGAACUAA